CUUCACAAGAUGGCGGCGCGCUGAGAGCGUAGCAUCUGCGUUUCUAGGCGCUUGGCUGUGUGAGUGGGUUAGGAUCCUGGGCUUGUGCAGGCCCCAGCCGUAUACGCCGUCCGGCUGCUACAUUGGCCUACGAGGAUGGCUCUAAGCAAAUCAAUGCAUGCAAGAAAUAGAUACAAGGACAAGCCACCUGACUUCGCAUAUCUGGCAUCCAAAUAUCCAGAUUUUAAGCAGCAUAUUCAGAUAAAUCUGAAUGGGAGAGUAAGUCUUAAUUUCAAAGACCCUGAAGCAGUCAGAGCUCUGACUUGUACUCUCCUAAGAGAAGACUUUGGACUUUCUAUUGAUAUUCCUUUAGAGAGACUAAUUCCCACAGUUCCCUUGAGACUCAACUAUAUUCACUGGGUAGAAGAUCUGAUUGGGCACCAGGAUUCUGAUAAAAGUACUCUUCGAAGAGGAAUCGACAUAGGUACCGGGGCAUCCUGCAUCUAUCCCUUACUUGGAGCAACCUUAAAUGGCUGGUAUUUCCUGGCAACAGAAGUGGAUGAUAUGUGCUUCAAUUAUGCAAAGAAAAAUGUGGAACAGAAUAACCUAUCUGAUCUCAUUAAAGUGGUAAAAGUGCCACAGAAGACACUUCUAAUGGAUGCUCUUAAGGAAGAGUCUGAGAUAAUCUAUGACUUCUGCAUGUGCAACCCUCCCUUUUUUGCUAACCAAUUGGAAGCCCAGGGUGUGAACUCUCGGAAUUCUCGAAGACCUCCACCUAGUUCCGUAAAUACUGGGGGCAUCACAGAAAUCAUGGCUGAAGGAGGUGAACUAGAAUUUGUUAAAAGGAUAAUCCAUGACAGUUUACAACUUAAAAAAAGAUUAAGGUGGUAUAGCUGUAUGCUGGGGAAGAAGUGCAGCCUGGCUCCACUGAAGGAAGAGCUCAGAAUCCAAGGGGUUCCUAAAGUCACCUUCACGGAGUUCUGUCAAGGCAGGACAAUGCGAUGGGCCUUAGCUUGGAGUUUUUAUGAUGACGUCACAGUACCGUCACCUCCAAGUAAACGAAGAAGAUUAGAAAAGCCGAGGAAACCGAUUACGUUUGUAGUGCUGGAGUCUGUGAUGGAAGAAUUAUCCCUCAAAGCCUUGUCACUGGGCUCUGAGACAGUAGAAGGCAUAACAGUUGUGACAACAUGCAUAGAGAAAAUCCUCACGGAUCUGAAGGUCCACCAUAAACGAAUUCCUUGUGGGAAAGAAGAAGUCAGCCUUUUCCUGACUGCCGUAGAAAACUCUUGGAUUCAUUUAAGGCGGAAGAGGAGAGAGCGAGUGAGACAACUAAGAGAGGUGCCCCGAGCGCCUGAGGAUGUUCUCUUAGCCUUGGAGGAGAGAAAGUCCACUCCCAAAGAGCUGAGUGGGAGCCAGGACAUGGCCCCAUGCUCCCAGGAGAGUGCCUUGUGUGGCCUUGCCGUACCGGAAGGCGAGUCUGCCCCUGUUGGUGGCCAUUGCCUCAGCCAGGAGUCACUUUGCCAGGAGGAAACUCCAGAAGCCAUGGAGGAUGAAAGGAGUGAGGAAAGGGGAGGGAUAGGGGUCCUGGAAAGUUGUAAAGGCUCUAGCAAUGGAGCCCAGGACGGAGAGGCUUCUGAGAAGGGAGACCGCCUGGACGAAGCAGCUGGACGUUACCUGUUUAAGUGCCUAAUCAACAUUAAGAAGGAAGUAGAUGGCGCCUUAGUUGAAAUGCAUUGGGUUGAGGGCCAGAACAGGGAUUUGAUGAACCAGCUUUGUACCUACAUACGUAACCAAAUUUUGAGGCUUGUUGCUAGUUAAUUCUUUAUUUCUUCUACAGUUAGAAAAGUGUCUGUAUAGGGCUAGGGAUGUGGUGCAAUGACCGUAUGUGCUUACUAUUCAGAAGGCAGCCUGAGUCCCUAACAUCUAACAUCAAAAUAAAAAAAAAACAACAAACAAAAAAAAUCUAUAAAAUAGCUUUGGAGGUAAAGCUCAUUGGGAAGCCAGAGGAAUUUCAGCAUUGGUCCAUUAGUGACACCAUGUGGAAUCAUGUUACAAAGCAGAAAUGCAGUUGAAUGUGUUCUCUUAACACUUACAAUCCCAAUACUUGAAGGCUGAGGUAGGGUGAUUGCUGUGAGUUUAUGGUCAGCCUACGCUACAGAGAAAGACACUUGUCUAAAUAAAAAGAAGAAAAAAGAAAAGCAGAAAUGAAUCAAUUUUUAACCUUUCCCCUCUUAAACAUAUCUGGAGUUGUAUGUAUAGUACAGUGGCUCAAGAGGAAUUAUGACUAUUGUAACAGCAGAUAAACUUAGGAGGAACUAGAUCCUACUCGAGUAGUUCAUCGCAGCCUGGCACGGAUUCCCUGAGGCCAGAGGCACUGCUUGUGACUCUGGUCUGGGUCAGUGCUGCCUAGAACAUGUCCAUCACUAAGAGUUAUGGAGUUAAUGGAGGCAGUACAGCAGAGCAGAGGUCUGGGAAUGCUCAUCGUUGCCUUCAAGACACCUGCUUUCUCAGGUACCUAGAGUUGAUUGAGCCAGCCCUCAGAAAGGAGCUAGCCUGGGGUAGGUGGCCAGGCUGUCACAGAGAGAUGUCUUAGACUAAGGAGAGGGCCAGUCUGGGGACACAGGGAAGCAGCACAGUCCUCAGUUGCUGCUCUUCCGACACGGCCUAUGUCAGAAGCAGAACUGAGGAAGCAAGAAGGAGCUGAGGCACAUCAAAAUGUACCCACUCCCUCCUCCAGCCCACUGACAGUGUUGUCCUGCAGCUGUUGGUUUUUAAUAUAAGACUUCAGAAUUGAAAACUAGUCGUCCUGUGUGAAUCCUGAAAUUGGGGAAAUACUUUCUGGAACUUGAGUCGGGUAAAUGGUUGAUGUGACAAAUGAGAAACUAAGUAAGGUCCUAUGUGUUCUAGGUAGGGUGUAGGGGUGUAUCUUUGUGGUAGAGCAUUUACCUAGAUGUAUGAAGGCCCUGUUUUUUUUGUUUUGUUUCCCCUUCAAAACAGGAUUUCUCUGUUUUACUCUGGCUGUCCUAGAACUCACUCUGUAGACUUGAACUCACAGAGACCCACCUGCCUCUGCUUCCCAAGUGCUGGGAUUAAAGACAUGACCCACCACUGCUCGGCUCCUGGAUUAUAUUUUCAACAGGUAUUGGUGUGGUGUAAAGUGGAGUCUUUGAUGUGGCCAGCUAAUUUAUUGACCAAACCCUGCUUUUUUGGUGGAUUUUCUGUCUACUUAUCUGCUUAUCCGAGGCCAGGGUAACAAUGUCUGAAACACAUUUGUAAUGGGAAUGCCGAGGUUUUCUGAUACUCUGGAAGUCUCAUUUUUGUUCUUUUCUGUCUCAGAAACGGUCUGCUGUGCUGGAUUCUUGACUAGUAGCCUAGGGUUCUAUAUGGACAGACUCUGGUAUAGGGCUUGAGCUCUUUGGCACCCAUAAAGACUUGUGCUGAGUAGUUAAGCUCCCUUUUUGAAAGGUGGCUGUGAUUAGCAGAAAUUGGUGUUGGGGGCAUAGCUUAAUAAAUACAAAUGGUGCAGUGGAGUUGAAAGCUGGGAAAGAACAUUUUAGCCAUGGUCUUCCAGAGACUAGGACUAUGUCGUCUUCUCCCUACUCCCUCCCCCUGGAGAUCUGAUCUAUGACAUAGCAACCAGAAACCAACUGAGGAAAAGAAGCACCGUUGUAACCUAUCCAUCUGUUCAUUUGACAGCACGAAGAAACCAGUGUUCAGGGUCACAACCAUGCCCAGAUUGAAUGCAGGCCUUAGAUUGCCUCCAUCCAGUAAUUAUGUCUGUGUCUGUGUCUGUGUCUGUGAGUGCAGGUCCCUGCAGAGGCAUCAGAUCCUCUGGACCUGAAGUUACAGGCGGUUGUGAGCCACCUGAUGUGGGUCCUAGAAUCCAAGCUGGGUCCUCUGCAAGAACAGUGCAUUCUUUUAACCAUUGAGCUAUCUCCCCAGCCCUGUUGAAGGUUUUGAGGCAUGGUCUUAUGUCUUCUCAGACUUCAUGUGUAACUGAGAUGAAUUUAAUAUCCUUUUUCCUCCAGUAUCUUUAUCUUGAGUGCUGGGAGUACAAGCCUGAUUUAUGUGGUGCUAAUGAUCUAUUGAGCCCAGGACUCUGCCUGCUAGACAAAAAUGCUCUACCAACUGAGCUAUGUCCUCAGUCCCCACAUCUAGUUUUCUUGAUAAAAUCUGAGGAUCUCUGAGUUCAGUGGCAGUUAAGUGCCAGAAUACCUGGCGGAUAUUCAAUAAAUAAUAAAUGUUUUCCUCAUCAUAAAUUGGCAGAUGUUCAGUGAUUUUGAAACAAGUGGCUAGAGAUGUGACUCUGUGCCUAGCAAACACAAGGUCCUGAAUUCAAUCAUUAGCAUUACAAAACAGACACACCAGUUACCCAGGGUGUCAGCCUUCUCACAGCUGUGUUAGUAGUUUGUGUUUUCUCCCAGUCUUCAUGUAGGUGAUACAAAUGUGUGUGUGCUUCAUUUGGAUUGUAGUUAUAUUGGAAUUUUGACUUUCUGUUGACUUUUUGUUUGUUUGUUUAACUUAGAAAUUUUUUCAUGUUUUGAUAAUUGUAUUUUUUUUUUUUUUAGAAAUCCCCCCCCCCCCCCCAGCUGAGGACCGAACCCAGGGCCUAAAUCCCCAAUCCCUGAUAAUUGUGUAUUUUUUUUCACACACUUUUGCCCAUUCAAAAUGCCCUUCAGGCACAGUGUUGACCUUUGUUUAAGUCUAGUUCCUGGAGAUUCUUAGAGAACAUUAAUAGAGAUACAAAAGUUGUAUCUGUUGUGUCUAUGUGUGUUUCAGCCCUAAGGUUGAGGCUUGUUAUGGAGCAGGUUGUAUAGGUGUUAAGAUAAUGAUCUUAGAAUGGGAAGGAAAAAAAAAGUUUGACAAGAGUGGUGUCCACAGUCUUUGAAAAACUAAAGCUGUGAGUACCUUUGCAUUUGAACAUUAUUUUUUUCUAACAUCGUUUGAGAUGACAUUGAAAACAUUUUAAAUGGACAUAUUAUACAUGUGCUUUGUAAUUAAAGAGAAGCUUUUUAAAGAAAUUGAUUGCUCACGUGUCACAGUAUUGAGUGGCAUUCUGCUUACAUGUCUGGAGGUCAAGUUGGUGUUGGUGGAUUGAUAUGAAAUCGAAUCUCUGUGGUAUUAUCUUAAAUUCUGUUCUGCUCUCUGGUUGGCUUCUGAUUCCCCGAUGGCUGGAGUCGGGACAGAGCUGAACUUGUUUUCCGGAGGGAACAAGGUGCUUUUGUUUAGAAUCGGCUUGGGUUUGUUGGUUUGGUUCCUUCACCCUACCUGUUGGCAGCUCCGAGGAGGAGGAGGAGGAGGAGGAGGAGGAGGAGGAGGAGGAGGAGGAAGAGUCAGCUAACCUUAAGGGUUCUGGUCGAUUAAUAGAGUUUAGAAAACAAAACCUCUUUUCCUGGUGGAAAUCAAAGCUUCUGGUGUCUGACAGGAAUAGUCAAAUGGCCAGGUGUGGAAAAGAUGUAAACAUCCCACGCAAAAGCCAUCCAAGGCCAUUUUGUUUUAUUUUAGUUUGGUUGUUUUUGAAUUAGGGUCUCAUUCAUGAAGCUCAGGCUGGGCUUGAACUUUCAAGGUAGCCAAGGUUGGCGUUGAAUUCAUGGUUUUCCUGCCUCCACCUCCCUGUUUCUGGGAUUGCAGAUGUUGCCUUCGUACCUGGUCUUCUGUGGUGCUGGAGAUUGAACCCAGGGUUCUGUUAGUGCAAGGCAGGUACUGUACCAACUGAGCUACAUCCCUAGGCUCCCUCCCCCCACUUUGAAGAGAAGGAAGUGAGUGCUGGGUAUGGUGACCCUACCUGUGAUCAGCAUUUGGGAGGUGGAAGGAGGAGAUCAGCAGUUCAAGGCUGAGUUCAGAGUUGGUCUUGUCUACAUUGUGAGUUCAGGGCCAGAGGGAGUUGUAGGAGACCCUGUCUCAGGGAGAGGGGGCAAGAGAGACAGGCUGUGGGAGCCCCUUGGUCUUUCUCAUUUGAAGCACUUUCUUCUGAAGCCACACGGGGGGCACCUUCAGCCCCUUUAAUUGCGAUCCUGAAUUUCAUUGUGAGAAUGGGAAUGGAUGAAAUUGUGUCUGUGGAAUUUUCUAGAAAUACUCAGUUGUACCCAGAUAAGUAUUUAUGAUGGUACAUUUUCACUUAAAAACUUUAAAGUGAAAGUAUAAGGAAGAAAAAAAAUCACUACCUGUACUUUUUAUACUUUUUUUUUGGAACAUGGUUUCUCUGUAUAGUCCUGGCUGUCCUGGCACUUGCUCUGUGAACCAGGCUGAACUCACUGAGAUCAGCCUGCCUGUCUGCCUCCCAAGUGCUGGGAUCAAAGGUGUGUGCCACCACUACCCCCCGGCUAUGUUUUAUGUUUUUUUUUUUAUAGUUUCACCCGACCAGCCUUUUUGUCACAUCUUUCUAUUCUAGAAUGUACUCAUAUUGGGCCUGUCCUUUAGAUUUUUUUUUUUAAGCUUUGUUUCAGGACUAGUAAGAUAUAGAUCUCCUAGAGAAAUGCAUUUUCAUUUUGCUUUGUAUUUGAUCUUUUGGCAGGCUAACAUGCAUGUGAUGAGUUAUUCAUAUGAAAAGUUGUGAGGGUUCUCUGUUUUAUGUUUAUAUAAACUAGCCGGGCCUUAUUUCUUAGAAGAAUGUUUCUGUAUCGAUCAGAGCAUGCAUAUGACUAGCCCUGUAUGGCUGUAGGCUCAAGGAGAAAUGCUCCCUGUUCACUUUAUGGUACAAAGUGAAGAUCUGCUGUGACCCUUCUGCCCCGUUUGCAAAACUUCAGUUAUUGCUCUUUGAGUAAAGAGAGGUCUCAGAAGUGCUAGCCAGGGGUGCCCUAAGGAGAGGAACGUGACUUCGUUGUUUCUAGGGGACUUGCUGCUCAGAUUUCAUUUGCUGUCAUGUUCAUUAAUAGAAUAGUCGGCUUUUACCUCUUGAAGGAGGGCAUUAAUGGUUUUGAAAGAUGCUAAUCAUCCCAUAUGCCUUGUGUGAAUAUCACUGUAGUGUUAAAACGCCUGGCUCAGGGCACCCAUAGCAAUAGAAUUUACACAUGCCUGAGAUCCUAUUCUGUUCUGGAAAGAUCUGCUGUGACUCACUCAAAUGACUAAAACAGCGGUUCAUUUCUUUAAUUGCUGGUUGGAACAGCUAAUGCUGCCUUUGUGAGUCUGUGCUUUUACUCUGGGAAGCUAUGUUGUGACUGAAUGAAGACCUUUUACCUCUUUGAGAUGGAGCCUAUCUGCCUGUCUCCGUCCAAGCAGAAAUCUCUGGGCCUGUAGGCUCUCCUUGGGAGGUAGAGGAUCAUGGGUACUCCUUAGCAACAGGGAAACUGAAAAGAAAAGAAGGUAGAGGACGGAAGUCCAGCUACACUGGACAGAUGUGCCAUGGAGCCAAUGCUUAGAAGAGGGCGGGCAGCAUGUGCUUCCCGGUACUGUUCACCCCAGUAGUGAACAGUGGGAGAGCGCACAGGCUCGGCAGCUCCUCAGCCCGGGGUUUGCAGUGCUACCCCACUCCUUACAUAGGACGCCAGUCUGACUGGGCUGGCCUCGGGAGAGCUGAGGGCUACCCGCUCUGCUGAGUGAGAAGUGAGACUACCAUGCCAGUGAGAGAAGGACUCAGGAUCUAGGGGAGUUCAGGGACAGUGACACUUACGACUUGUCUUCUCUCCUUACUUUGUGUAGCCUUUUAGAAUUUUGGUCAGAAAGUCUCCUGCCAUUGGACUCAAUUGAGAAGGUUAAGACAUUAAUUAAACCUGUCUAAAUAGUGCUAAAUAGAGUACUACCUAUUGACCAAAAGUGAAAGCCAGCUUCUGUUUUAUGGAGACAUUAGGAACUGACCUUUGGUUUCCGUCUUUUACAGAGAUUGGCUCAUCUAGUAACCUUUAGGUGAUGUGGUAUUGUGUGGCAGCUGAAGGUAACGGAAGCUUCAAAAGCUUAAGUAACUUGCCCUAAUGUUAUUCACUGAGCAAAGGUACAGAGGUAGGAUUUGAACUCGGGUCCAAGAAGUUAAGGCUGAGCUAUAUUGCCAAAUCUAGAAAUUCUAUGACAAAUAAUGUACUUAUGGUAAAAAUGUACUUUCAGGCCCCUUUGCUCCGCCUCUGCAGGAAGAGACUUUAAUUCCAUAACACAGGGAAGCCAGAACAAACAUGUCUUACUUACCCCUUCAUAGUUCAGCACUAAGGUAGUAUCAUUUUCUUGCCUGUGAUCAAUGAAUGAGAUGUAGUAAGUGAAAUUACUUACAGUUAGUUCUUAAUUUAUGCCACCAAAUCUUCACAGAAUCUUGUAUUUGGCAGUAAUGUAGAUAAUUAAGUAGUUAAUGAAACCACAAAAUAAAGUGUCUGGUGAAAGCCCGUUGGAGCAGAAUCAAUGUGGAAUAACUGAUAAUUAGGUAAUGACAAUACUUAAUUGUAUAAUAAUAGAAGGGAGGUUUUGUUCUGUUUUAAACACCGCACUUCCAAAUAUUUCACUUGUGGAACUACACAAAACACGUGUGCUGUGUAAGCUUGCCAGAGAAGGUAGGGCUGUCGAGAGAAUCAUAAGUUCUCUUCCCAGGUUGGCGAGAGAAACUGUAGUUUGGGAACCACAGAGGUGAGGCUGACCCUCAAAAGGGAUUAUGGCCUUGGGGUUCAGAAGGAAAGCCAAGGAAGCCCAGCUGGGGAUUUGGCUGGAUGCUGUAGCUAUAGUGGACCCCCAAACUGUUAAAAAGAGCAUCCUACUGGGGAGCGGAACCCUCGGGACUGUGCCUGAGGCUGGAGUUUCUUCCUAGUAGAGGGGGAGUCAGCCUGGUCUGAGGUAGGAUCCCCGCUCUGUCUGACAGAGGUGUACCAGGAUCCUGCCUUGUCGGCUAAGGGUGGGUGUGUGACUGGGCUUUGUAUUGGAUCUUCAUUUACAAGGAAUUUGUUCUUCCUUCAUGUGGCAGGAGUCAAGCAAGAAAGGGUGCACUCCAGCCCUCACUCACUAGCAAGGAGUGGCUUUUUCUCAUCUGCUGAUGAGCUGAGUGGUACCAUGUUGUUGGGUGCUCUGAGGGAAGCCAAAAAUCUAGGUUUAUUUGAAUCCUACUUAAUUGUGAAUCGUGGUAACUCACCACUUUAUUUAAAAAAAUAACAUGUAGUAAAACAUCAGUCUGUGACCUCCACCAAGUAACAGUUAUUUCUGCCUCUGCCUUUCCUAAUCUUGCUCACUUGACCUCUGAAGUUUGGUUGCUGCCUACCCUCUUAAUGGGGCCCUUCCUACUCCUUAAUCCCCAAGGAUUUAUCCGUAAGUCUUAUUAUGUGUACUUCUCUCUUAGUUCAGGCUUCCGGCACCCACUUCUGUGAGUUAACCCCAUUGUGCCCUAGUCUGGACGGUUCUGAACUUGGAUUAUCAGCGUAGGCAGCAUCUGCUGGACAGCAGGGUGGAUUUAGAUCCGGUGCGGUGAGAUGAAAAGAACCUGUACAGGGGAGUUUUCAGAAGAGAGUAGAGUGGAGAAUGGUGCCACAGGCUCAUUUCAGGGAAAUCAAACUUCAUGACGUCCCAGAGAAAGGAUGGCUUUCCUGAACAGAGCGAAGGCAGCUUUCCCUUCCAGGGCCAUUCCCCUCCUGCCCACAGCCUUGGCAUGCUACCGUAUUUCCAGCCUUUCUACAACUUCAUUUUAUAAUUGUAAUAAGUUUUCAUAUAAAAAUUUAGAAAAUAAUGAAUAACCUACAAUUCCACUACUCAAAUGAAAUUAUUUUACAUUUUGUUGUCUUAGCGUGUUUGUAUGCAUAUGCAUUUUAAACAACUGUGGGGUCAAUCAUAUUAUACAUUAAUUAUAAUUUUAUAAUCUUUUAUUUAGCAGUAUAUUGUGAUUUAUUUAUUAUUUUUCUUUCUGAAUAGAAGGCUAAUAAUCUGCUUCAAGGGAAGCUGUGCAAAUAAGAAUUACUAGUAACCACCCUGCCUGAAGCCAGCCACUGCUGGUUCUGUGCCUGCAUCCUGCUCCUUCCUUGCUCUGGUGUGCUGGAAGCACACUGUGCCCGGCCGGUUGUUCCUAGUUGGAGCUUUAGAUUGUCCUGAAAAAGGUUUUAACUGCUGUAAACAAUAUUUUAGCAGAUGUCUUUGUAUCAAAGUUUUAAUGUAGUUUUCUUUUUGUAGGAUAAAUUCACCUGGAGUUGCCAAGGCAGAAAAUAUGCUUCCCCAGUUUGCUCACAAAAAAAGCUAGGCUAAUGUACAUUUCCAUGAAUAAGUGGUGUUUUGUGGGGUUUUUUUUUGCCAUACCUUUGAUAGUUUUAGAAGGCUGAUUUUUUUUUUUUUUUUUAAAGAUUCAUUUUAUUUUUAGUUGGGUCUGUCUGUCUGUCUGAAUCUGUGCAUGUAAGUGUUGGUGCCCUAGGAGGCCAGAGGUGGAGUGAGCUGCUAGAUAGGAAUGCUGGGAACUAAACUCAAUCCUCUGCAAGAGCAGCUCAUGCUGUUAGCCUUUGAGCUCUCUCUCCAGCCCCAGAAGGCUAUUUUUAAAAAAUUCUUCAUCAAUUGAUAGGCCAAAAAAAUUGUUCCAUUGUUUGAAUUUCAUUUUGGGACUGACAGGGUCUCUUCAGCUACGCAUGUGCUAUUAUUUCAUGCAUGUACUACUUUAAAAUCUAGAUUUUUGUCUUUAUUGAAAACUGAAAAUUCCCACUGUAAGACUUCCUUCCAUUUUAUCAUUUCUUCUCCACCUUUAAUGAUGAUUUUAUUUUUACAGUUAGAAAUGUCUAGAGAUAAUCAAAUCCAUCACGCUGGGCCUUUAUAUUUGUUUUAUUUGCUUUUGUGAGUAGAAAACUCCAUUGUUCUGGAGUAGAAAAUGAUUGCCUAUUUUUCAUUAUAGCUUGUUUUAUUUUCAUUUUUUUCAUACAAUACUUAGCAAUUUAUAGGUAUCCAUUUUAAGGAUCUGUUUGACAAUGGUGCAGUUAUUACAGAUUGGCUUCACAAAUGGCCAAUAAAGCCCCAUCUAAGAUCACUAGUGGGGACAGGGAGCAGGGCCGACUAGGGAAUAGAGAUGUAUACUAUGUUCUCUCACCUGACCCCACCCCAACGUGGAAGUAGAAACUCAAGCUAGCUUGUGGCCACUAAGCUCUGCAGAGUGGCUCCAGCACUGCCCAGUGGAGACUUGAUCCCACUGCCUGCCUCUUGGGUAUGAACUGGAUGGUAGACCUUUCACAGGCACUGACUGCAGUCCAGCCCUCUGCCUUGAGAGGAGUUCCUAUCUCCCAACACAUCUCCACACCCCAGUGAUCCAGCUGGCUCUUGACUCACAUUGCACGACUCCACCUCUCUUUACUCAUAACUGCCCAGCCCCACUCCCUUGACCUGAAUUAAUUGACUCCCAGGAAGCCACAUCCUUUUUCCUUCAAAGGAAUGUCUGAAGUCCUCAUGCUUCUAUGCCUUUCCAGUGGAUCAGCUUCUCCUACCUCCUGGCACCCACAGCUCCAACUCUAGAUAAGACAGCAAGGCUUGCCCCCUGGCCUCUCAAAGAAAAAGCCUAGUAUGAAGCUCCUCCUUUCUUGUUUCUGAACUGCAUUUCUUUCUUUAUUACUCAGUGUUCACACCCAGGGUGGGUGCCUGGAUAAAAGUCUACCCUUUUCCCUGUCACCUUCCCAGGCCCAGUUAGAGGUUCCCCCAAGGCUUUCACGGACUAACCUGUGUUUGGAGCAGCACUAGGCAAAGUUAAUGAUUAUCUGUUUCUAGCAGUGUGUGCACAUGUAUGUGUGCUUUCUUCCCUUGUUCACUCACUUCCGGGAGACUGGGCAGGGACUCUGGACCCCAUACACAUGGUACUUGCCCAGAUUAGACUGGCAGACAGAGAAGGUGAUCAGGCCACUUCACAAUUUGACAGCUUGGUGACCUUUGAUAAGAUACCUUUUCUUGGGGUCUUAGACCCUGUAGUCACAACUCAUCAGCUAUGACAUCCAAUGAGGACGUGCUGGGAGGAAGUACUUUAGGCAGAAGGAGAAACUCAACUGUACCUGUUUGGUGGGUGCUGAGAAGUGGGGACGGGAAGUACAGACUGCUGGGGAACCAAUUCAUUGAUGACCGGUCAGAUAACCUUUCAGGGUACACCUGUCAGGAAUUUAGAAUUAUCUUGAUGGCUUUGUUAAGACUUGGGUUCAAGAGGCAGGCAGAUCCCUGAAUUUGAGGCCUGCCUGGUCUGGAGUGAGUUCUAGGACUACACAGAGAAACCCUGUCUCAAAAACAAAACAAAGACUUGGGUUCAGUGUUACCCAGCCCUAAGUGCCCUCAAUUUCUUUGAUGAUUUGAUUUGUUUUGGAGACAGAGUCAUUCUGUAGCUCAAGCAGGCUUUGAAACUGGGAAACCAUUCCUCUGCUUGAGGUUGUGAGUGAGCCUCCAUGCCUGACUGCUUCUUUUGUUUUAUUGAGCUAGGGUUUCUUUGAGUAGCCCUGGCUGUCCUGGAACUUGCUCUGUAGCCCAGGCUGGCCUCAAACUCACUGAGAUCCACCUGCCUCUGCCUCCCGAGUCCUGGGAUUAAAGGUACGUGCCAACACCGCCUGGCUACUGGUUUCUUUUUAUGUUUUUGGAGAAUUUAAGAGCUGGGAGCCUGACUUAGUAUUUCAUAGCCCUUAGGUGCCUGGUGUCAUUGUGUUAUCCCUUGCUGCAUCCAGUAUGGGAGAGCAAAAUGAACCCUGCCCAGUAGAAAUGUAGUAGUCAAUGCCACCUUCUCACUUCCUACACCACUCCGCUUACCAAAGAUCACCUGGCCUUGCCUAUAAAGAUACUUAGCCAGUUGUCUGGCACGUGCUUGUUAAAUGAGUAUUACCUGGUGUGUCCCUAGGCAUAGCUGUCUGAUGUCCUCUAUCUUAUAGCUGGCUGUUUCCCUUCUUGUGUUAAUUAUGACUGGUGAAAAGUUACCUAAAGCCACUAGUAAAAGGUACCAGGUCAAGGCUGAAAGGUUGGGGCAUCUCCUGGGAUCCACUGUGAAUAUCCAUAUAUUUAGCUCCAUACUCUUUCCCACAUCUUAUUGUUUGGAAGUGUUCAGGGAAGUGAUUUCACAUAGCACUUGGAGCUGUCAAUGUAUGACUCUGUUGGGAUGAAUGGUGAGAAGAUGGGAAGUCAGCCAGUAUAGACAUGGAAGGAGGGUGCACUAUGGGGUGUGGAUUAGAUAUUGAGGUGCACAAGACAAGAGGAAGAAGUUUGAAAAAGUGCACAGUGGUGGAAGAUCCUGUUGCCGUCCUGAUCCAGACAUCCUCAGCACCUAGAAGCCAUAACAGGACUUGAAGAAUAAGUAUUAGGAGAUGGCUGGCUCUGGCAUCAUUCUCCAAACCUGCUAAGCUUUUGCUGAAACAUCAAAAAGACUUUUUCUCUUGAAUGAAUGUGCUUGCCAACUUAUACCCUGGCUCCACCCAUUAAAACAGGAAACUGAAACAUGUUAAAACAGCCCUCCCAUUCAUUUCUCUCUACUGUGCCUCCUUCUAGGUGUCUCCCACUCCCACUGCCCACUCCUAAACUUCCAGAAACAUUGCUUGAUGAGAAAUUCUGGUGGCCACUUUUAGGCUCCUAAAGGCAACAACAGGCCCAGCAAAAGCCUUUCUAAAUCCUUGCUUCUGCCUAACAUCCCCUGGCUGCUGUCCCCAUGUGACCCAAAUAAACAUCAUGUGAAGCCUG